UGCAGUAGGACCAGAAGAACCUCUCCCAUAGUCAAAUGCAGGGAUUUGUAUUUUAGAAUCAGGAGUAUUCCCUGGAAGUUACAGUGUUUGGCAGCUUUAAUCCUGACUGCAUUGCUUUCCUGUGCGGGUUGGUUCGAUGGGUUAAAUGCCAUAGAAAGGUUUGUCUCCAGAUCCUGGAUAUCCUUAUUGCAAAUUAAGUUGAGGUCUGUGUGUCUCUUUUUUUUUUUCUUUUUCUUUUUUAAUGUCCAGUAGUACGAUAGAUAGCAGCACAAACAUUUAAUCCAGUUGCCUUCUUGGCAGGUGAGGGGAGAAGGACCUUGGUUGUGUAUUUUCUGUGGAUCUGGUGCCGUCAGGGGUCUAUGAUGUCAUGUCCAAACCAGCGCCGGCUCUAACAAGGCAGUUCACAGCAGUGGGGCUGUGCUGUGAAAUCUCUUACAGGCUUCCUCCUCCUCCAGAAAGCAGUGUUUGAAGAGGAAGCAAUGCUCAAUGUAUGUUUUAUAUAGGGAAGCAACCGGCUAAUAAAUUGCAAGUUACGUGAUGCUGAUAUUUAAACCUCCAAACUUUUCUUGCUUUUGUACUAUCGCGCAGAUGUAGAAAACAGCCUGUCAGGACAGCAACCCAGAAAAGCUCGUAGCUUCCAAAGCGCUGCUGCUCGGAGGAGAAGGCGACGCGGUGCACGAAGACGGUUUGUUUGCGCGUGGGCACAGAAGACCGCGCUGGGGUUAAGCAGCAGCUUAGCCCGUCGGUGGUCUUGUGGAAGCCAGGGACGCGCUGGCGGCUGGACAACUGUCACGCUGGCACCGCUCAGUUCCUCUGAUUGGGUACUCCCAGCGACUGAUUAAAAAUGCUGAUGCCGUUUCUGUGCUCCUUUCCACUUGGAGGAGAAAUCUCUUCUCCCCACCCCCAAGCCCACCUCUAGGCUGUAAGUAAUGGUGAGAAGAUUAAGAUGAAAACAGUGCGGUCUGAGUGACUGGAAAUACAGCAGUCUGUUUUAGCUGCAGUGUUAUGUAGGAGUCGUCUUCAGACUUCUUACCUCCGGUUUUUCAGCACAAACUGCUUGCAGGUUUUGGAAGGCUGUGAAAGGACUUACCGUUUGUCUGUUAGUGUUUUCUGUGUUUCAUCAUAUUACCUUGCUUUUCCCUGGACAGCUGUGUUCAGAGCUUCAUGUGGAAAUCUUUCUAUUGAAGAGAGAUAAAAAGGAUCCUUAAUCUGAUUCUCUUUGGAUCUUUCUAUUUUUAUGGUAUAAGUUUAUCUAUUCAUGGGGCUGAAAAACGUGCGCCAAUCUGUCAGAGGAGAACUGCAGCAAGCUACCCAGUGUCACAGCGUCUGCCUGUGGUUGGGCAUCCUUCACUCCCACAAGUCAGAAGGUCAAUAAAAAUGGAAGCCUCAUCUUCUGGAUCUAGUAUUUCGGCAGUCACUGGUGGAAAAGCAAAAACCCAUCAGCCAGAAGGAAGAGAGGAUUUGCAGGUUAACCGGCUGGAAACACAAAUAUGGAUAAAACCAGACAUACAGAAGACAGAUGUGGACUUUUCAGAAAUUCUUAAUGCAAUACAAGAAAUAGCUAAGGAUGUCAACAUUUUUUUUGAUGAGUUAGAAGGUGUGAACAGCCCUUCCAAAGAUGAUGACUCCCUGCUUCACCAUGGUAACUUGACCAGUACUUCUGAUGAUGCCAGCAGGUUGGAAGUUGUGGGAGAGGAAGUACCUGAUAAGAACAAAACCAAUGGACUAUAUUUUAGAGACGGGAAAUGUCGGAUUGACUACAUCCUGGUGUAUAGAAAAUCCAAUCCACAGACAGAAAAGAGGGAAGUAUUUGAAAGAAACAUAAGAGCAGAAGGAAUUCAAAUGGAAAAAGAGUCAUCUCUAACAAACAGUGACAUCAUCUUUGUGAAGUUGCAUGCCCCUUGGGAGGUCCUGGGCAAAUACGCUGAACUAAUGAAUGUAAGAAUGCCUUUCAGGCCCUUUAACCCCUUCAAUGCUGGAGCCCCCUGCAUACUUGUGCGCUGCUGUUUUUUAAAUGGACAUUUCAUUGAAAUCAAUGGGAGGUCAAGAAGAUCCAGGAGAAAAAUCUAUUACCUGCACCGCCGAUACAAGUUCAUGAAUAGGAUCGAGAAACAAAUAAGCAGGUUUCGAGGAUGGUUGCCUAGAAAGCCAAUGAAACUGGACAAGGAGACACUGCCAGAUCUGGAGGAGAAUGACUGCUAUACUGCUCCAUUCAGCCAACAAAGGAUCCAUCACUUUAUCAUACACAACAAAGAUACUUUCUUCAAUAAUGCUACAAGAAGUAGAAUUGUACACCAUAUCUUACAAAGAGUGAAAUACGAAGAAGGAAAAAACAAAAUUGGUCUGAAUCGAUUGCUCAGUAAUGGCUCCUAUGAAGCUGCAUUUCCUCUUCAUGAGGGAAGUUACAGAAGUAAGAAUUCAAUAAGAACACAUGGGGCAGAAAACCACAGACACCUGCUCUACGAGUGCUGGGCUUCCUGGGGAGUGUGGUAUAAAUACCAACCGCUGGACCUCGUGAGACGGUACUUUGGUGAGAAAAUUGGGCUGUACUUCGCCUGGUUAGGCUGGUACACGGGGAUGCUCUUCCCAGCUGCCUUCAUUGGAUUGUUCGUCUUUUUGUAUGGAGUCACCACGUUGAACCACUGCCAAGUCAGUAAAGAAGUCUGCCAAGCUACAGAUAUCAUCAUGUGUCCUAUAUGUGACAAAUACUGUCCCUUCAUGAGGCUGUCGGACAGCUGUGUUUAUGCCAAGGUAACCCACCUUUUUGACAAUGGAGCUACUGUCUUUUUUGCUGUUUUCAUGGCAGUGUGGGCAACUGUUUUUCUGGAGUUUUGGAAAAGAAGGCGAGCAGUAAUUGCUUAUGACUGGGACUUGAUAGACUGGGAAGAAGAAGAGGAGGAAAUACGUCCGCAGUUUGAAGCCAAGUACUCCAAGAAAGAACGAAUGAACCCCAUAUCCGGGAAGCCAGAGCCUUAUCAAGCAUUUGCAGAUAAAUGCAGCAGACUCAUUGUUUCUGCAUCUGGAAUAUUUUUUAUGAUCUGUGUGGUGAUUGCUGCUGUUUUUGGCAUUGUUAUUUACCGUGUUGUGACUGUCAGCACUUUCGCUGCCUUUAAGUGGGCUUUAAUCAGGAAUAACUCUCAGGUUGCAACUACAGGGACUGCAGUGUGCAUCAACUUUUGCAUCAUCAUGCUACUGAAUGUGCUGUAUGAAAAGGUUGCUCUUUUCCUGACAAAUUUAGAGCAGCCUCGUACCGAAUCUGAGUGGGAGAACAGCUUCACUCUGAAAAUGUUUCUUUUUCAGUUUGUCAAUCUGAACAGCUCUACCUUUUAUAUAGCAUUCUUCCUUGGAAGAUUUACAGGACACCCUGGUGCCUACUUAAGGCUGAUAAACCGGUGGAGACUGGAAGAGUGCCACCCAAGUGGAUGCCUUAUUGAUCUCUGUAUGCAAAUGGGUAUUAUAAUGGUGUUAAAGCAGACCUGGAAUAAUUUCAUGGAACUGGGCUACCCGCUAAUUCAAAACUGGUGGACCAGGAGAAAACUACGACAGGAGUAUGGCACACAGAGAAAAACAAGCUUCCCACAGUGGGAAAAGGACUACAAUCUGCAACCUAUGAAUGCUUAUGGGCUCUUUGAUGAAUACCUAGAAAUGAUUCUUCAGUUUGGGUUCACAACCAUUUUUGUGGCAGCUUUUCCACUGGCACCGCUUCUGGCCUUACUUAACAAUAUUAUUGAAAUUCGGCUUGAUGCGUACAAAUUUGUUACCCAGUGGAGAAGACCUUUAGCUUCAAGAGCCAAAGAUAUAGGAAUCUGGUACGGGAUCCUGGAAGGCAUUGGAAUUCUUUCUGUUAUCACAAAUGCAUUUGUUAUAGCUGUGACAUCGGAUUUCAUCCCUCGCCUUGUUUAUGCUUACAAAUAUGGACCGUGUGCUGGCCAAGGAGAAGCUGGACAAAAGUGUAUGGUUGGCUAUGUUAAUGCCAGUUUAUCAGUAUUUCUGGUGUCUGACUUUGAAAACCGUUCAGAGCCAACAUCAAAUGGAAGUGAAUUCUCUGGUUCACCAUUAAAAUAUUGCAGGUACAGGGACUACCGAGACCCUCCUCACUCCCCAGUGCCCUACGGUUACACGCUGCAGUUCUGGCAUGUCUUAGCAGCGCGGUUGGCUUUCAUUAUUGUAUUUGAGCACCUUGUCUUUUGCAUAAAGCACCUGAUUUCCUACUUAAUCCCAGAUCUCCCGAAAGAUCUGAGGGAUCGGAUGAGGAGAGAAAAGUACCUGAUUCAGGAAAUGAUGUACGAAGCUGAACUAGAACGUCUGCAGAAAGAACGGAAGGAAAGGAAGAAGAACGGAAAAUCUUAUCACAAUGAGUGGCCAUGAUGCGGUGAGGAAGAAACUGCUUAAAAGAAGAUAGGAAUUCUGUUUAUAAAAAUUUCCUGGUUUUCUACAGUGGAGAGUGCACUGAAAGGAGUAGUCUGUCAAUGUUGUGUGCACUUAGCACGUGUGCACUCACGUUUAAUAGGGUGCAUAUUGUCAUGAGCCUUUCGAAAUUAGAGGUCUUGCAAGGCUUAGUCUUCUCCAGAGCUAAUGUCAGCACGAGCAGAUCAGACCAAUGCUUAAGUCUCUGCACUCUUUCCGGGAAGCGCCCAGGCCCUGACUUCCAUUCAAGGCCCUGAACUUCAAAGCAGUCAUAUAUCUUACAGUGCUUUACAGAACUCGGUGAUCUUAUGGCUCGUUCUCACGACCAAGUUGCUGCUUCAUAACCAGUGACUGCACGUUGGCAACACGGCCGUACUUGUCCACGUGUGUGGCCGUCACCUGCAGCACAUGCAUGGCAACGUUGCCCUCUUCCACAGUGGACUAAGCUGUGUUAGCUUGCAUUUACCAUGAGUUAAGCUCACGUAUGUGGACCAUUUCCAUUACUCCAACAAUAUGGAAGUAUUUUUUAGGAGGAGAUGCUUGAUCAUGAGUCUAAUCAACUGGUCUAACAAUUUAGGUGCUGAUAGAUAGACAAGCAUCUAAAUGUGGCCAGAGGUAUCUAACUGUAGGGUCAUUUAUUUGGAAAUGAUACUGUGAAAAGCUGGUAAUACGUUUUAAAGAUUUGAACAGUGCCUUUUCAGCUAUAGGACUGUCUGGUCUCUGAAGGAAAUAAAUCAAGCUAGGGUAUCUUGCCCAGAACUGCCCGUGUAUUUGUACUGCAAGAUCACACUGAGGCCUCGUCAGGAAUUAGGGUGUAUGAUACACAUAACAGAAGACAGACUGUGUCUUAAAGAUCUAUCUGCAUAAGUAAAACAACCAACAGAUGAACAAGGUCAGCAGACCGAAAGAACACCAUCAUCCAGAAUCUCUACAUUUGUAACAUUUUCUUUAUUCAUCCUUCCGUUAUCUAUGAAGGGGUGGAGGGGAAAAAUAAAACAGACUGUAGUAUGAAAUAGCUUGAAGCAGAGCAAUUCCACACAGGCUGCAGAAUUAGACUGGGGUAAAAUGAGCCACUGUCUAUAUCCUUUUGCAAAUUCUUGAGCAUUAAGAAAUUAAAAAUUUCCCAAAUCAUUAACCCAAAAUAGUGGAGUUGUAGGUCUGAAGACUGCAGAAGUGUUGGAUGAGGCUCUACCACCUCUUGCCUAAAAGUGAUAACACUGCAAUUUUUGCAGAACGUGCAGUGGCAUAAUCAGCCACAACAUGAAGGAGGACGUUCAAAAGCCAAGACUGUACGAAGCCGAGCAGAAGCAAGCCUAUGUCCUGGUGAGGAUACAGCUAGAUACAAAAUACUGGAGCUGAUCCAUUUGCUUAGCCCCUUUCCAAAUAACUGGAGCUCCAUAAAAAUUAUAGUUUUCUCAGAAAUCUUAAGGAAUUGUGACCUUGUUAGUUUGCAGAUAUUUAAGAGGGAGGAAAAUUCAGCAAGGUGUUUCUACAAGUUCUCCUGGAAAUCAUUCGAUAGAAGGGCUAGAAUUUGCCCUUCUGGACAGACCACACAAGGCGAGACCCUACGGACGGAUGCCUCAAGCUCCACAAGACAUCAGGACCACUUGCACCAAGACCCCAUAUUGCCAUAUUAGAUCUAUUAACUUCCUUCCACUGCUAGGGAGAACUGUGCUAUUUCCAAGCGGGCAGGGAAGGCUUUAAUGAAAGGUACUAUGGCUCGAGGAAGGAGAAGGGUGGAAGAAAAUGUAUGCACCCUCAUCUCUAGCCACUGCCUGCCUACACUUUGCUUCCUCGCAGCAAGGAACCUCCUCCGGUAGUGACCCAUGAUCCUAUGUGAAGAGGAUAAAUGGCACAGCAGUUUCCAUUUAUCAGGUGCUCCUGGCCCAAGCCUGAAGGUCCCGUGAGGCAUCAAAAGCAAUGAAGAAAUUUCAGGAAUAAUCUGUUCUCGGUUGACUUGGUGCCAGACUGAGCGGGGAGCCCGACAGGUGGUUGUGGGGUGUAUUCCUGCCUGGUGAAGAAGUGAACUUGUUCAUCUUUGCUUCAGCUUAAGCAGCCGUGGACACAUCCCAUGUGGGCAGUGGAGAAGUGGGGAUAUUUCUGUCUGUAAAUAGGGGUGGGGAUUAGACAACGUCAUCCUCCGGUACGCACGUGCCAGAUGGGUUCGUAUUUACCAUCCACCACAGACGUGUGUGUACUGCACUUGCAGUCUGGGGACCCUUGGGCAGGAUCGCUGUGCAAAAUCACAUUCAGACCAAAUUCACAUGAGCAAUUGGAUUAGUUUGCAUACCCUCUGUUUAAUAUCUAAAACAACAGAUGACAAGAGCUUAGAAACUGUUUGCUAAGUAGUAAAGCGAGACGUGAGUCAUGCAUAAAAUCAGUGUCACCCAUAUGAGUGUGAACCUUUGCAAACUCCUGCAGUAAGAUAUAGCUUUGUCAAUGUAGAUCUCAAUAACUUCCGAGAACUGAACUGAAACCUCGUAGAAUAUAAACUGACUUCCACUCCAGAGGAACCACCGCAAUAUAAUGUGCCAAAACAAAUAAAGUGCAGCAGAAAUACAAUAGAUAGUAAUUGCUUUUGAGACUAGUUUUCGACAUAGCUACAUUAUGAUGAAUUUUCAUGACCAUACGUUGCUGGAAGUUGUGUCCUGUUCUGCUCUAAAUGAGAACACGAGUUGGCUGCUUACCAAGCUUGUGCUGAGCGCUGUGCUGAAAGGGGCUCUGACCUGCCGGGCAGAUCCCGAGUACAUUUCUGUCACUUGAUAUUGACCAGUCAACCCACCGAGGUUUCUGUGCUGCUGGUCUGCUGAAUAGAUUUCCCUUGAGUCCUUCAGAGCUAUCUAGCAGAACACUCAGGAAAGAUGACCCCUUUUUAUUUACUUCAUUAAUUUGGAAAAUGUACCACAAAUAAGAGGCUAAUAAUAAUAAAUGGAAUUUUAAUCAUCUCUAGAUAGCAAAUUUAUGCCGUUCCCUUCUUUCUGAUCUGAUGAUGGGUUUUGUUUAAACCUCCAGGUGACCGUCCUAUAUGUUGUUUACUUAUUCCAGCUCCACAAGAGCACUACCUUCAAGGGAAUGAGAAAAAAUGCAACCUCAAUGCAUGCCACAGACAUUUUACAUAGCAAGCAGGACAGCACACAUCAAAGGAUUUACUGUGAAAUCAUCUUGCAAUCAGCAUAGGAUUGAUCUCCAUAGACCACUCUUGACAGCAAGCAUGUACUUCAUGAGCAGUUACAUGCCAGUUUUUAAAACCAAGGAAAAAAAAUUGUAUAUUGGGACCGUUUUUCAGCCUGUUUGCUACGUUUUUUGCAUUCUGUCCCAUGCUGGUUUUACAGAUCUUAGACUAAAAAAUGUAAAUGAACAACCUGGAUACUUUGACAAAAGAAAAAUCCUAGGUAUAGAACAUCGUCUGCGUUCGAGCCACCAAAUACUACAACAGAAACCGUGUUUACAGAUCA